AUGGCAAUGUCAUUUCAAUCACAUAAGCCACUACAUAGCUGGCCCACGACGAAAUUACAAGCCAAAACAUACCAGAGCCAAGAAAAUCAAAGGCAUUGUUACUCUCAUUAUCCCACUAUUCACGAAGUCUCGCUUCAAGACUCGCAUCCAAGACCAGUAUCUAUCUCGUCGGCUUAUUCUGUACCUGAGACCUUCCCAAGGAGCAAUCUAAAGAUAGAAUCUGCUUCUCAGCUACGCUCUUUUUCUGCUUCUUCAGGUCGCACUCUUCGACCUCCACCUAAACUCCACCAACGGCCAUUCCUGUCUUCGGAGCAAAUUCAACAAGCAAAGCCUGCUGCCAUGCAGACACAUCAGUCUGAUAAUGAUAGCAUUCGAAGUCUUGAGCCUCCUCCUGUUCCCCCAAAAGAUCCUCUUCGGACAUCUUCUACACAUGGGCACAGCUCGGAUAUCUCAUAUGAAAGCGACACAAAAUCUCCUAGGCCUCACACCUUUGGAUAUCCGGAACCUUCUUCAGCACAUGCAUCAUACUGGUCUGAGCCUAGCGGCAGCGAGAGUGGGAGCGUUACCGAAGAUGAAGAAGAGUUGACAGAUGUUGAAGAAACAGUCUUAGAAUCGUCUGAGGUUGAGGAUAGCUUACUACGUUUCUCCAUCAUCGAGGCGCAUCGUGUCUCAUUCCAUACAUGGAUUCUGAACCCCACUACAGCUGGAGCUCCUUCUGACCCACCGCUCAAGCUGAGCUUGAGAGACCAGAUUGAAAAUGCAUACAUGGCCUGGCCUGCUUGCUCGAAGAAGGCCAAGCGUUGGGGGGUAAUAUUCCAGUAA